AUGGACCCCGAAGCGUUCUUAGACCUGGCCAACCAGGUCAUAAAACUCAAAAUGUACCCAUAUUUCGACAUCGCCCAUUCCCUGCUUUGCGCUCUUGCAGUCAGAGAAGACUUAGGCUCUGGUGCUCAAGCGUUCUCCCGCAAGCAUCCUCUAGCAUGUUGGCUGUCCACGAUGUUGGUGAUCUUCGCCGGCGGCAUGGUGGCCAAUGGUCUGCUCGGGGAACCCAUUCUAGCUCCAUUGAAAAACACACCACAACUGCUUAUUGGCACCAUAACAUGGUACGUAGUUUUCUACACACCAUUCGAUGUUGGCUACAAGGUGGCAAAGUUUCUUCCCGUGAAAGUGACUGCAUCGGCCAUGAAGGAGAUUUACCGCGCGAAGAAGGUCUACGAUGGGGUCACACAUGCAGCUAAACUAUAUCCUAAUGCCUACAUCAUCAUGGUAGUUAUUGGAACAAUCAAAGGCAACGGCGCCGGGUUCACGAAGCUCGUGGAGAGGUUGGUUCGCGGUGCUUGGACGCCCACUGCUAUGGAGACGAUGCAGCCCAGCUUCUACACAAAGGCAUCGCUGGUCGCAUCUAUAAUCUUCGUGUUGGACAAAAAAACUGACCUAAUAUCCGCGCCGCAUGCGCUGGUGUACUUCGGCAUCGUGAUCUUCUUCGUUUACUUCAAACUAUCUUCAAUCUUACUUGGCAUCCACGAUCCAUUCGUGCCAUCCUUGGAAAGGGGCAGCCCAAAGAGGAUUCCAAGGACGCUAAGAAAACAAACUAGAUUCAGGUUGUACCUACGGAACCUACCGAUUGCGGGUUGA